AUGCACCAGGCUGCCAUCCCCGAGCACCGAGUACGCAAAUUCCACAAGCUGCUGCAGGAAUCUGUGGUGGACCUGGACGCCCUUCGCGAGCUCUCCUGGAGUGGGGUGCCUCUGGUGUUGCGGCCGCAAGUCUGGAGGCUCCUGUGCGGCUACCUGCCACCGGCAAAGAGCCGUCAGUCGCAGACUCUGGAGCGGCGGAGGCGGGAGUACGCGGAUAUGGUCCCCGAGUACUACGACAUACCGCAUGAGGAACGAAGUGAAGACGAGGUGGCCGCCUACCGCCAGGUGUUGGUGGACGUCCCCCGCACCGCCCCCAACGUGCCCUUCUUCCACGAACCCAUCAUCCAGGAGUCCUUGCAGCGGCUGCUGUACAUCUGGGGGAUACGCCACCCGGCCAGUGGCUACGUCCAGGGUAUGAACGAUCUGGUGACUCCCUUCCUAGCGGUGUUUCUGUCGGAGCACCUGCCUGGGCCCAUGGAGAGCUGGUCGGCGGAGGCACUAAACCAGACGAUUAUGUUGGCCGUCGAGGCGGAUUGCUACUGGUGCCUGUGCAAGCUGGUUGAGGGCAUCCAGGACCACUACACGUACGCACAGCCAGGUAUCCAACGGGCUGUGUUCCGCAUCAAGGAGCUCGUCAGGCGCUGCCAGUCAGACGUGUCCGAGCACCUUGAGACUGAGGCGGUGGACUUCAUUCAGUUUGCUCUGCGCUGGGUCAACUGCCUGCUAGUGCGGGAAUUGCCCUUCUGUCUGGCCAUACGGCUGUGGGACACGUAUUUGGCGGAAGGGACAGGCUUCAGCGAGUUUCUGAUCUACCUCUCCGCCGCCUUUUUGCUAAGCUGGAAGGACCGGCUUACCCAGUUGGAGUUCCAAGACCUCAUCCUCUUCCUUCAGCGGUUGCCUACCGCCGAGUGGACGGAGGCGCAACUGGAACGCGUAUUGUCGGAGGCUUUCAUCUUGCGCAGCUCUUACAGUGAUGCGCAGAGUCAUUUGCGGCUAGGAUGAUGGAAGUUGGCAAGGGAAUGUUCGCAAUGCAAUCUCCAUGUGAAGCACUGUAGGCACAACAGAUCU